AUGAUAACCCUGAGCCUGAGUUCCUUGUCCGCAGUGGCUACCAGCACGCAGGCAACCCCCACAGCUACAGCAUCGGCGGCGGAUACCUGCACCGUCUCCCCCAUUCCUACAACGACCGAAUGUCUCAACGGUUACUACGAAUACGAUGGCUACUACUACCAGGUCAUCCGUGGCGACAAUGUGCGAAGCUAUGCAGGAUUUUCGGUACCCAACUCCCAGCAAGACGAGACCUGGGGCUGCAUCGAGUUCUGCUCGAUGUACUCUAGCUCUAUCGGCACAUUCUGGUUUCCGGGACUUGUUACUCGUCAUCCGCCCAGCUAA